GUUUUCUGAUCUUCAUUCAUUUGGAUCGCGUUGAAAUUCUCCAAAGAUCCGAUCGUCCGUCUCUGUGUCAAGGAGAUAUACACAGAACGUUUCGAGGAACCUGUGCCUCUAUUGUCUUUGUGGACUUGAAAGUUCCCAUCGCCCGCAUUUUUCCCUUUCGAAUUUUCUACCCACCAUCCGCAUCAACACCUCGGUGUUCUUAUAUCUUCUUUUUCUUUUUUUUUUUUCCAGAAAUAAGAUCAAGACCACAAGAUGGCCCCGACAAAGUCCUCGGCCAAGGGCAAGGGCCCUUCCUCGACCAAGGGAGACGCCAAGAGCAAGCCUCUUUCGUCCGGUACGAAAGUGAGCAAGAAGAACGUCAAGCGCCCGCCGCCCAAGGAAGUCAAGUCGAAAGCGCGCACGGAAUCCAGCCUGCUGAAGAAGACGAAAAAGAGGGAAUACACCGAGAAGGAGCUGGACCUGCCUCAGUUGAACAUGAUCACGCCCGUUGGUGUGGUGAAGCCCAGGGGCAAGAAGAAGGGCAAAACUUUCGUGGACGAUGCGGAGGGAAUGAUGACGAUUCUUGCCAUGGUUAAUGCCGACCGGGAGGGUCAGAUCGAGUCGAAGCUGAUGAAGGCCCGGCAAUUGGAGGAGAUCCGGGAGGCGAAGAGGAAGGAGGCUGAGGCCAGGCACGCGGAGAAGAAGAACAAGCUGGAAGAGGUAAAACAAUCGAUUCGCAGUAAGAAGCACAAGGGCGGCCCUAAAGCCGACAAAGCGGCCUCCGUACCCGACAAGUCGUCCAAAUCGAAGGGCAAGAGAAAGAGCGUCGCAUUUGCUUGAUUUUGUUUCAU